GGUGGCGACACUGAUGCCGCACACUGGCCAGGCAGGCAUCAACCAGCUGGGCGGCGUGUUCGUGAACGGGCGGCCGUUGCCGGACUACAUUCGGCGCCGCAUCGUCGAGCUGGCGCUGAUGGGCGUCAGGCCAUGCGACAUCUCGCGGCAGCUGCUCGUGUCGCACGGCUGCGUGUCGAAGAUACUGACGCGCUUCUACGAGACCGGCUCCAUCAAGCCGGGCUCCAUCGGAGGGAGCAAGCCCAAGGUGUCCAAUCCGCAGGUGAUGCGUCGUAUGCUGCGCUACAAGAACGAUACCGGCUCCAGCGGCUGGGACGUGCGGCAGCUGCUGCCCCACCAGCCGCAGCAGCACCCGCCGCAACACCAGCCGCCGCCCGAUCACCCGCUGGGCGCAGAGCACGGCCUCGCUUCUUCACCGCCGUCGGCUUCCAGGGUGCUCCGAUGCGCCGCCGAGUGCUCGACGCUAGCCUCGCCGACCGGUACGGCCGCAUAUAAAAAUUUUCGCUUCCUUUAA